AUGAGUGGUUCUAAUUUAAUAUGGUUAGAUAAAGCAGGAAAAAAAAGGAGUAAGGAUAUACCAUGUCUAGAAGAUAUUCCUUACAAAGAUGAUUUAGAAUAUGCAAAUGAAUUAAAAACAUUGCCACACAUUUCAUGUAGUCUUUGUGUUAAUAUAAGAAAAAGAAAAGUAGAGAAUGCAGGGUUUAUGUUUUAUAUAAAAUAUGAAGUACCUAUAUUAUUAUUAAAUGAAGAAGAGAAUACAAAAAAGAGUAAGAAUAAUAAAAGCAUAGAACCAAUUGAAGAGAUAUUUUUAUAUAAAGAUAAAAUUGAUUAUAUGCUAAAGUUAGAAAAGAGUAUGAAUAAGAAUAAUGUAGAUCAAAACAAAACAACCAGUGAUAAUAAAGAAGAUAAAAAAAAAAACCAAAAAAACAAAAAAGGGAAUGAGGAAGAUGAUGAAAUAAAACAAGAUGAUUAUGAUAAUAAAGAAAAUAAUAAUGGUGGAGAUAAUACAAAAGGUCAAUUUAAAAAAGGAAGUAAUUUAAUAAAGAAAUGUAUAGAUCAAAAUAUUGAUGUAUAUGAUGUUUUAGGUGUUGAAGAAACAGAUGAUUUAGAAACAAUAAAAUCAUGUUAUAAAAAAUUAAUUUUAUUAUUUCAUCCUGAUAAAAAUAAAGGUACAGCAUAUUUGAAUGAAAAGGAAAAAGAGAAAAACAAGAAAAAAAAAGGAAAAAAUAAAAAAACAAAAUAUAUGAAUAAUUCAAGUAAUAAUAAUAAUAAUAAUGAGAAUGAGAAUGAAAAGGAUUUCUUAUAUUUUAUUGAAAAAUAUAAUAUAGAAAAAUUAACAAAUGAUGAAAAAAAAAAUAUUUUUUUAAAAAUACAAGAUUCAUAUACAAUACUAUCAGAUAAAAUAUUAAGAAAACAAUAUGACAGUUCAAUACCAUUUGAUGAAAGUGUACCAACAUUAACACAAUUAGAAGAAGCAAAAAAUUUUUAUACUUUUUUAAGACCAGUAUUUAAAAGAAAUGCAAAAUGGUCAGCUAUAAAACCAGUACCAGAUAUAGGUGAUGAAAAUACAGAUAUAAAAGAUGUAAAAUAUUUUUAUGAUUUCUGGUAUAAUUUUAAUAAUUGGAGAGAUUUUUCAUAUCAAAAUGAAUAUGAUUAUGAACAGGCUGAAUGUAGAGAAGAAAGAAGAUGGAUGGAAAGAGAAAAUAAAAAAAUUCAAAAGAAAGCAUCAAAAACAGAAAAUCUAAGAAUUAUUAAAUUAGUUGAUCUAGCUUAUAAUAAUGAUCCUAGAAUUAUUGCUGAAAAUAAAAGAAUAAAAUUAGAAAAAUUAAAAAAAAAAGAACAAGCAAUGAUUGAAAAGAGAAAUCAAAAAAAUGAAAAUAAUAACAACAUGAACAACAACAACAAUAAUAACAAUAAUAAUAAUAAUAAUAAUAAUUUAGGUAGUCAUAAAAAAAAUAUAGAUAAAGCUUCUAUUAAAUUAUGGAAGCAUCAUAUUAAAUCAUUAUGUCUUACCAAAUUAUCAAAUAUAGUCAAUGUAGAAAAUAUUCAAGAAAAAUUAUCUCUCAUGUCAUUUGAUAAUUUAUGUGAAUUUAUUUAUGAUAUUUAUGUGAUAUUAAAUUUUACAGUUCCAAAAAAUAAUACAGAUACAACAACAACACUAACAAAUAAUAUUAAAAAUAAUACUCUCCAUAAAAAAAUAUAUAAUCAUAUAAAUGAACCGAAAAAAUCAUUUCAAAGUCAAACAAGCACAUCAACAAAUAACAAUGAAAAUAAUAAUAAUAUUUCUAACGAUGGAAGAACUAACACAGGAUUUAUAGCACAUCUUAAAAAUUUACACUUGAAUCAUAAACAAAUUCUAACACUAAUAGAUACAUUUAAAAAGUAUAUUCAAGAUCAUUCUUUUAUUAUAGAAAAUAAACUCGAUCAGCUAAGUAAUCAACACAACUUCCAAAUUGAUACACAGACUAACGAUCAAUUUAAUAAAGAUGAAGACCAAGCAGAUCAAGAACAAAUUCAUUCGAAUACUCAUGCAAAUAUGGAUUCACAAGAUAUUAUACACAACAAUAUUUCAAAUAAUAUUCCUUACAGCAAUAAUGAAAAAAUAUAUCAACAUGUAAAAAAAGAAAACGAGGAAACCAACAUAUAUAGUAAUGAUUCCACACAAAUUAAUAUAAAUGAAAGUAAUGAACAUGUAUAUGAACAUGUAAAAAAAGAAAACGAGCAAACGAACUUAUAUAGUAAUGAAUCUAUACAAUCUAAUAUCAACAUAUAUAAUGAAAAAAAUAAUGAAGAUAAUGAAUCGACAAGUAAUAAAUGGAGCGCACAAGAAGUCUCUCUACUAGCUAAAGCGCUAAAAUUAUAUCCUGGAGGUACACGUAAUAGAUGGGUUCUAAUAUCUAAUUCAAUAAAAACCAAAAAUGUUAAGGAAGUUAUCAAAAAAACAAAAGAAAUGUUUGAAAAUGAUACACUAAAAAAUUUAGGCAGAAAUUUUGAUGAAACACCUUUUGAUCAUUUCAAGAAUCAAAAUAAAGGUGUUAUGAAAAAAAUUGAUGAUAACCUAGACAAAAGGGAAUAUAAAUUAAACAAAGAAAAUAAUAACCAAUUUGAAACGGAUAAUCUAAAUGGUGAUGUCGAAAAAAAAAAACCAUGGACACAUGAAGAACAACAUUUGUUAGAACAAGCCUUAAUGAAAUAUCCAGCUUCUAUACCAAUAAAGGAACGACUCAAAUUAGUAUCACAAGAAUUAAAAACAAGAACAGUAGAUGAAGUAAUCCUAAGAAUGAAAACCUUGAGGGCUCAAAUUAUGGCAAAAAAAUCAUCAAAGUAG